CGACAUAGUUCUUCGGUAGCAUCCAAGGAAUUAGCAACGUUUCCAUUAUGCAGAAAAUUGUUUGUCUUCUAUUCAUCGCAUCGUGUGUUGUUGCCAUUCCGGUUGAUCAACAUGCUCCCGUUAACACUGGAUCGAAGCCCAGCGCAUUCAAUGCGCAAGUUAAACCAGUAACGCAGUCUCAGGAGCAUCCCGCUCAGCAGCCAAAGACCACCACCACCCUCAAUGGCGAACAUCCAAGCAAACAGGUUCACAAACGUGACACACAAACCGUUCCCGCUCACUCUGCUUCCACCACCGGCAGUCAUCCAGCUGCUCAAUUGCCGAAGAAUGGACCAACCCAAGAAUCCCAUACCGCCACCAACGGUCAGCAGCCAAUCAAAUCCGCACACAAGCGUGAUACUGAAUCUACUCCCACUCACCCAGCAAUUUCUUCGAGCCACCCAUCAGAGCAACAUAUCACCAAUGGACCAACUCAGGCAUUGCACACCUUCCCCGCUACCCAUGGGCAACAACCUGUGAAAUCUGUACACAAGCGCGACACUGAAACCGUCCACGCUCACCCAGCCGCUGCCGCUGCCAGUCAUCCAGCUGCUCAAUUGCCGAAGAAUGGACCAACCCAAGAAUCCCAUACCGCCAUCAACGGUCAGCAACCAAUCAAAUCCACUCACAAGCGUGACACUCAAACUGUUCCUGCUCACCCAGCCGUGGCGACCAGCCAUCCAUCUGCGCAACCAAUCAAGAAUGGACCAGCUCAGGGAUCUCGCGCCACUCCAACCACCAGUGGGCAACAAUCAGUCAAAUCCGUACCCAAGCGUGACACUCAGAACGUUGCCACUCAUCCAGCGGUCGCCACUGAUAGUCAUCCAGUUGCAAAACAAACGAAGAACGGACCAACUCAGGGAUCCCACACCACUACUGCUACCAAUGGCCAGCAGUCGGUGAAACCCAUUCACAAGCGUGACACUCAAACUGCUCCUGCUCACCCAGCUGCCGUAGCCAGCCAUGCAUCCGCACAACCAACGAAGAAUGGACCAGCUCAGGGAUCUCGUGCCACUCCAACCACCAGUGGGCCACAAUCAGUCAAAUCCGUACCCAAGCGUGACACUCAGAACGUUGCCACUCAUCCAGCGGUCGCCACUGAUAGUCAUCCAGUUGCAAAACAAACGAAGAACGGACCAACUCAGGGAUCCCACACCACUACUGCUACCAAUGGCCAACAGUCCGUGAAACCUAUUCACAAGCGUGACACUCAAACUGCUCCUGCUCACCCAGCUGCCGUAGCCAGCCAUGCAUCCGCACAACCAACUAAGAAUGGACCAGCUCAGGGAUCUCGUGCCACUCCAACCACCAGUGGGCCACAAUCAGUCAAAUCCGUCCCCAAGCGUGACACUCAGAACGUUGCCACUCAUCCAGCUGCCACCACUGAUAGUCAUCCAGCAGCAAAACAAACGAAGAAUGGACAAACUCAGGGAUCCCACACCGCUCCUGCUACCAAUGGCCAACAGUCCGUGAAACCUAUUCACAAGCGUGACACUCAAACUGCUCCUGCUCACCCAGCUGCCGUAGCCAGCCAUGCAUCCGCACAGCCAACGAAGAAUGGACCAACUCAGGGAUCUCGUGCCACUCCAACCACCAGUGGGCCACAAUCAGUCAAAUCCGUACCCAAGCGUGACACUCAGAACGUUGCCACUCAUCCAGCUGCCGCCACUGAUAGUCAUCCAGUUGCAAAACAAACGAAGAACGGACCAACUCAGGGAUCCCACACCGCUACUGCUACCAAUGGCCAACAGUCCGUGAAACCCAUUCACAAGCGUGACACUCAAACUGCUGCUGCUCAUCCAGCCGCCGCUGCUAGCCAUCCAUCUAAGAAUGGACCAACCCAACCCAACAAGGCAACGGUCAAGUCUAACGCUGCCGCAGUGAGGCCAGCGACAACUCCGCGCAGCUCCAACAUCAAGAACCCUCAGCCAGCUGCUAAGGCCCCAGAAAAGAAAAAUCAUUAGGAAAAAAAAUGUAGA